AUGCUCACCACAAUACGGGACUUCCUCGUUACGCUUCAGUUGUUCAACCAAUCUGAUAUGAAGACAAUCGUCCUCCCCGUGACUGUCUUCUCUCAAGCUUUAGCCUCACAUCACUCCGUCUCUCGAUUCUUGCUCGUCGUGUUCUGGAUUUGGAUGCACCUUCUUUAUUUCACAGUGACGAAUCAGACUUUUGGCACGUCCCCCGAAGAGGACGCUGUUAAUAAGCCAAAUCGACCGAUACCUGCGAAGCGUAUCAGCGUCGACUCAGCAAUUGUUCUAGGUUGGGUGCUUGCACCUGUCGAUCUCGCGCUUUCGCUAUAUGCGGGCGCGGUUCCAUCAGGAGUGGCGAUCUGCGUUCUCACCAGCAUCUACUGCAGCGGCGGAGGCCAUAGUCACUGGCUUUCCAAGAACGGCUGCUGUGCUGGGUUCUAUGCUUUAUUUGAAUAUGGCGCUACACAGAUUGCAGACUCUUCGGAGAAGCUUAAUCAGAACCAACUUGGUGCCAUUAUUGGAAGCGCCUUGAUUAUUUUUACCACGAUUCACGCCCAAGACUUUCGGGAUGAUGAAGGGGAUGCUCUCUUGGGAAGACGUACAUUUACGCUCUCGUUCCCGGUCUUUUCUAGAAUCAGCAUGCCAUUCUUGUUGACUGCCUGGUCAAUAACGCUUUACCUGUUUUCUGAAGCCAACCAAUUUGUUCUGCUUGCAUUGAUGGCACUUGGAGCAGUCACUGGAGUUCGCUUCCUGACUUUGAAAUCGGCGAAAGACGACCGACUUUCCUACUUGUACUACAAUAUAUGGCUCUCGAUGGCGCAUGUGGGCCUUAGCUCGUUGGAUCUUGGCAAAGUGGCCGCGUGGUAUCAAUAG